CUUAAUCUCCUUCUUCUCUCUUCCCCUUAACCCAUACUCAUCUCAUUCUUUUCUUUACUAGUAUCCAUGGCCAAAUCUUCAACUCUCCUCCUCUGUCUCUCUGUUUUCAUCUUCAUCAUCACAGAAUCCUCCUUGGCUCAAACAUGUUCCAACUACCAGUUCUCCAGCAACAGUCUCUUUGAGUCCUGUAACGACCUCCCUGUUCUUGACUCCUUCCUCCACUACACUUAUGAUUCCUCUUCCGGCAGUCUCCAAGUCGCUUAUCGCCACACAAACCUCUCCCCCGGGAAAUGGGUGGCAUGGGCCGUGAACCCAUCAUCCACCGGCAUGGUUGGAGCUCAGGCCAUUGUAGCAUAUCCGAUAUCAGACGGCACAGUUAGGGCUUACACUUCACCUAUCGACAGCUACCAGACGAGUCUCCAAGAAGGUGAUCUGAGCUUCAACGUCUCUAUGCUAUCAGCCACUUACCAAAACAACGAGAUGAUUGUCUUCGCAACUCUGAGUCUUCCACUUACAAACGGUGGAAACAUUAAUAUUGUGUGGCAAGAUGGCUCUCUUUCUGGGAACAGUCUCCUGCCUCAUCCAACUUCCGGCAAUAACAUCCGCUCUGUUUCCACUUUGAAUCUCAUCUCCGGUACAUCUGCUUCCACCCCAGGAGGAGGAGCAGGAGAUUCCAAGCUUAAAAAACGCAACAUACAUGGGAUACUGAACGCAGUGAGCUGGGGAAUAAUGAUGCCAAUAGGAGCAAUCAUUGCUAGAUACUUGAGAGUCUCGAAAUCAGCAGGCCCUGCUUGGUUCUAUCUUCAUGUUACCUGCCAAGCUUCUGCUUAUAUCAUUGGUGUUGCCGGUUGGGCUACAGGUAUCAAACUUGGCAGCGAGUCAGAAGGGAUUCAGUUCAGCACUCACCGUGCCAUCGGGAUCGCUCUCUUCUGCCUCGCAACAGUUCAGGUGUUUGCUAUGUUUCUAAGACCCAAGCCAGAGCACAAGUACAGACUCUACUGGAACAUCUACCACCACAGCGUUGGCUAUACCGUGAUCGUCCUCGCGGUGGUGAACGUUUUCAAAGGGUUAGACAUCUUGAGCCCGGAGAAGCAGUGGAGAAACGCUUACACAGCUAUAAUAGUAACCCUAGGCUUAGUCGCGGCUGUGCUCGAAGGGUUUACUUGGUAUGUAGUCAUAAAAAGAGGGAAAGCAGAGGAAUCUUCCAAGACGUCUCAGCUUGGAAACGGUGGUCGAUCUCAGUAUGCUUAGAGAAGUCGUUGGUGUAUUAUAGAGUAGGGAGUGAAAUUUUCUGGUUAUUUAUCAGCUUUGAGUUGGUUAGUUUUGGUUUGAUUUUGGGAUUUCUAUAUGUAUUGUAUUCCUAGAUUAAAGUAAUAUAUUUGAUGUUUAAUA